CUAUAUUAUCAAUUUAUCAGAUUAUCCGGCUAACGCAACAUAUAUUAAGUCCUAUAUAAAUAAGUAAUACUAAUCACAAUAACUAGCAGUAGGCACGCACUAUUGGUCACGAUGCGUACUCUUGUACUUUUGAUUUUAGCGGCAGUAGCUGUAACUGCGGUACCCAGAAACCCACAAAGGAUCGUGGGAGGGUCUGUUACAAGCAUUGAGAAGUAUCCUUUCGCUGUCUCCUUGCUCUUGGGAGGCAACAAUAGCUACAGGCAGUCCUGCGGUGGCGCCCUCCUGAACGACAGAGCCAUCCUAUCUGCUGCCCAUUGCUUUGAUGGAGAUUCACCUAUAAGGUGGCGAGCGCGUAUCGGCUCCACAUACGCCAACAGCGGCGGCAGAAUUUACUCAGCAGACGAACUGAUCAUGCACCCGAGCUACGAUAGUUUCACUACGGACAAUGACGUGGCUAUCUUCCGUACCCUGGGUACGGUCAGCGUGGCAGGCGUGGUGCCGGCGGCCAUCGCUGGACCCAACUACGACCUGCCCGAUAAUGAGCCUGUCUGGGCCAUCGGAUGGGGACGCACAAUUUUCGGCGACCCCACCUCGUCAUCCGAGGAGCUGCGUCACGUGCAGGUGUGGACUGUGAGCCAGGAGACCUGCAGGGCACGCUACGCCACCGAGGGACGGGACAUCACUGACAACAUGCUGUGCUCGGGCUGGCUGGACGUGGGCGGGCGCGACCAGUGCCAGGGCGACUCCGGCGGCCCCCUCCUCCACAACCACGUCAUCGUGGGUAUAACCUCGUGGGGGAAGGAUUGUGCUCUAGCCUACUUCCCUGGUGUCAACGCCCGCGUUUCUAGAUACACUGACUGGAUUCAAAGCAAUGCCUAAGACCUAUAUGGAUAAAUUGAACUUUGUGCAUUUAGAAUCGACAUCAUAAAAUAUAACUCUUAUGUAAUGCUCACUUAUGUACUAAUUAUUUGUAAUUUAAGAAAUAAAAACUCAAAAC